AUGUCAACAACAUCAUCAACAAAGACAAAUGAUGGAGAUCAUGGAAUCAAGGUUGCGAACGCAGUGACAUUAGUAAUUUAUAAUAAGUAUAUACUUAGACAUAUAUUGUCAUAUGUUAGACAGGCCAACUUGUUUGCAUUGGGCAAUGCAGUGGCAAAGAUGGUGGCACCAAGACAUAAGUUGGCAGUUUAUCACUCCUUUCCAGUGUUACCAAUCAAAUCACGACGUUAUCAUCAAUGCAACGAUGUAGAUUGGUUAUGUUUAAAUGGUUAUUACUCAUUAUUAAUGUAUAAGUUACAGAAAAGAGGUGAUCCAUUAAGAUUCACCGAGUUAUCACUUGGAUACAUGGCUAAAGAUGCACCGAUUGAGUGCAUAGAAGCAGUGAUAGAGUUGUUUAGUCGAUCGACGGCACAUCAUCAAGGCCCACUAUACGCCAAGCUCAAGGACGCUGUGGAGGCUGCCGCGCGAGCUCAUCGCUUCAACGUCGUGGUCCAGCUUUAUAAACAAAUGCGCACUUCCAAGUCGGCCACCAUCGGCCAGGACACUGCUCUACAAUCGAUCAUUGAGGCGCUGGAUCAGGUUGCAAUCAAUGGCGGCCGCGUCGAGCCCCCACCCGACUUCUUGGCCAUGAUCACAUUCCUCUUGGAUCGACUCGGUCGUCAUCACAAGCCCUAUCAAGACAACAUUGUCAACGCUGUGUUGAAGUCACGGCACGCCCCUGUUAUAAGAUUGAUAUUCGAGCGCAUACAUGUGGUCCCUGGCGGGGCAUACAGGAUGCUACUCAAUGCAAUGCAGGCGGCGGACAACGACCCACCACUGCUUCAAUACUUGAUGACGUCUGGCAAGAUUGAGCCCAACCUCGUGGACUUUCAGAUCUAUCUCGAUGUCUGCUUCAGACAUCCGAUCAAGGGGGUGGCACAGCUCCGUGCCAUCGAGUACUUGGUCAACUGUCAUCUUGAAUCGGAAACUAGUCGACAUGUAUCAUUGGACACGUGCAUGACCAAGGUCAAGUCGCGACUGGCGAGUCUCGACGAGCAGGAGGAGCUGUUGCUCGUGUUCUUGGAACUGUCGCUAAACUACCUUGACAAAAGGCCAAGCACCGCCAUCGACCGGAUGUUCAAGCGACAUUGUCGCUCACUCCCAUUCACUCAGUAUGUUGUCAAGUUCUGUCUGGAGUGCGAGCUCCAGGAUGACCUACACAGGGUGUUUGUGCGUCUGUGCAAGACAUCCACGGUCGACCAUCUCAUGCUGGUCCAGCAACAGGCACCACAAGAUACCCGCGCCAACAAGUCUGCCGCGGGUUCAAAUAGCCACAACAUCCUGACGUCAAAGGCUGGAUCACUGGCCGUCCUCGAGUACCUGCAUCAUGAGAUGGCGGUGCCACUCAACAAACGAUCGCUGGAAAUGGCAAUCAAGCGAGGCAGCGUCGAGAUGGUCCGCUACCACAUGGCAAGUGCGCGCAUCACAGUCGACUCGAGCAUCUUGAACACAGUUCUGGACAACAAUGACAUUGCCAUGCUUGACCUGCUGCUCAUUGACGCGUCAAUCUUGACGGGUGGCGCGGACCAGGUCUACCUCUACAACGUGGCCAAGUACUACAGCGAGUUGUCCAACUACCUCACAGGCGGCAGUCGUCUGGGCGAGGAGGACCUGUCACGCGUGUACCAAUGCGCCUGCUACUACGGCUUCCUGGACACGGUCCGGGAGAUACAUCGCGUGCAUCCAGACUGCUUCUACACGUCCAACAAGGCGUUGGACAAUGCGGUGAUUGGCCUGCAGGACGAUGUGGUGGACUUCAUCUUGGCCAAUCGCAAGGAGGCCUUCUCAGUCGUGUCCUGGACGACCUGUGGACAGACUGGCGACCUCAGGCUGUUCAACAAGAUAGCCGAUCGCUCAAAGAUAACGUUCAUGUUUGAUCUGAUGCACGAAGCGUUCAUCAAUGGCAACAUGGAGCUGAUAAGAUACAUUGUGGAGAAUGGAUAUCUGAGCACGCAGUUGGACAGCGAGUGCAAGUACAUCAAGUUGGCGAUAUAUAACAAUCAGCACAAAGUUAUUAAGUACUUCUUGGAGCAAGUCAAGCCCUGUGCGCAGGACGUGUGGAGGAUGGUGGAGAACAGGACCGACAAACUGUAUCAUGUGCACGAGUCGACGUGGGACAUAAUACUAGAGUACAUCAAAUCGAUUGAGCCCUCAGGUCAAGUGGAUGCCAAAUAUCUAUUCAAGCAUAACACCAGUCUAUUCGAUCAUCUUCGUUUAAUUGGUCGUAUCAACGUCAAUCACUACACCAAGCUCAGGUCAAUGUUC